GCGAGGACAUGGCGCGGGGCCGGCGCGGCGGGGCCGGCUGAGCCGCCGCUGCCCGCGGGGCGGGCGGCCGCGGGCCGCAGCGGCCGCCGCCCCGAUGAGCGGAUGAGGAGCGGGCGCGGCGGCCGGCGGUGCCUGGGCGGGGAACCGGGUGCGUGCACCAUGAACCCCGAGCUGGCGAUGGAGCCGCUGGGCAGCCUGCACGGGGCGGCGGGGCACGAACCGGAGAUGAUGGGCAGCCCCAGCCCUCACCACGGCGGCCGCAGCGCGGGGCCGCUCCGGGUGCCGCCUCCCCCGCCGCCGCCGCCGCCGCCGCCGCACCAGGAGCUGCCCCCCGCCGCCCGGCCCGCCAUGGUGCCCAGCAUGGCCUCGCUGCUGGACGGCGCCGCCGAGUACCGGCCCGAGCUCUCCAUCCCGCUGCACCACGCCAUGAGCGUGCCCUGCGAGGCCUCGCCGCCCGGCAUGGGCAUGAGCGGCACCUACACCACGCUGACGCCGCUCCAGCCCCUGCCGCCCAUCUCCGCCGUCUCCGACAAGUUCCACCACCCGCACGCCCACCCGCACGCCCACCACCACCACCACCACCAGCGCCUGCCGGGCAGCGCCGGCGGCGGCUUCGCGCUCAUGCGGGACGAGCGCGGGCUGCCGGCCGUCAACAGCCUCUACGGGCCCUACAAGGAGGUGCCGGCCGUGGGGCAGAGCCUCUCGCCGCUGGGCAACGGGCUGGGCCCGCUCCCUGGCUCCCAGCAGGGCCUGCACGGCUACGGGCCGCCGGGCCACGACAAGAUGCUGAGCCCCAACUUCGAGGCGCACGCGGCGAUGCUGGCGCGGGGCGAGCAGCACCUGCCCCGGGGGCUGGGGACGCCCCCGGCCAUGCUGCCGCCCCUGAACGGCGCGCACCACCCCGCGCCCCCCGGGCCGCCGCCGCCGCACGGCCCCGCGCUGCCCGCCGGCCGGGAGCGGCCGCCCCCCGCCGCCGGCCCGCAGGGGAGCGGCGCGGGGCAGCUCGAGGAGAUCAACACCAAGGAGGUGGCACAAAGGAUCACGGCGGAGCUGAAGCGCUACAGCAUCCCGCAGGCCAUCUUCGCCCAGCGAGUGCUGUGCCGCUCCCAGGGGACCCUCUCGGACUUGCUGCGGAACCCCAAGCCUUGGAGUAAACUCAAGUCCGGCCGGGAGACGUUCCGCAGGAUGUGGAAGUGGCUGCAGGAGCCGGAGUUCCAGAGGAUGUCUGCCCUGCGGCUAGCCGCCUGCAAACGCAAAGAGCAAGAGCCCAACAAAGAGCGGAACAACUCCCAGAAGAAAUCCCGCCUGGUUUUCACGGACCUCCAGCGCCGAACGCUUUUCGCCAUCUUCAAGGAGAACAAGCGUCCCUCCAAAGAAAUGCAGAUCACCAUCUCCCAGCAGCUGGGCCUGGAGCUCACCACCGUCAGCAACUUCUUCAUGAACGCCCGCCGGCGCAGCCUGGAGAAGUGGCAGGACGACCUGAGCUCCGGGGGCUCCUCGUCGGCCCCCAGCAGCUGCACCAAGGCGUGAGGGGAGCGCGGCUCCGCGGCACGGCCCUCGCUGGAGACUAAAGCACAAUCCCCGCAGCCAAGCCCAGCCAGCCGGUCCCCAGGACGUUCCUACGGCUUCCCGGCAGUUUAGCAGGCUCCACGUCACCCUCUCUCCACACAAUCCUUUGCUCAGGACAGGCGAGGCAGGUCUGAAACGCAGGGAGUCGUUCUUGAGGCAGGUUUCUCCUGAGCCCCGGGUUCCCGUGCCCGGCAGCCUCCCGUGCCCGGUGCCUGCCGUGUGCUGGCCACACCACCCUGCGGCCACGCCACAACGGAGCACAGAGUCGGAUACUGACAACCCAAGACCCUGUUUUUAAACUCAGGCAUGGUUUUUUGUUAAGUGUUUUAAGGGAAAAAAAAAAUCAGAUUCAGGGUUUUUUUGGUUGUUUUUUUAGUUUAGUUGAAUCAGCUCAUUCUCGGAUCAGAAAAGUGCGGUUCUCUUGAGCUCGAAGUAUCAAGCACAAGGCUGGUAGCUGCAGCCACGUCCGGCCCUGGGCUGCCAGAGUGGCUGUGCCAGCUGCAGCCUGACAUCCCGGGAACACCGCGCGAGCCUCAAGCACAGCUGGCAGUUCCUCACAAGCUCUGUGUUUGUACCUAAUGUACACUCAGGAGGCCGAUGGAACUGCUACAGUUCAUGGAGCAAACACAAUGUUUUGGAUGACUUCGAUUAAUUUGCAUUAUUACAUCCUUUUUAGUUUCUGGGAAUCUGGUUUCUCCUCGGCAACGGCUGUUACCAAAACCUUUUUAGCGUUCAGUGCAUUUUUGUUCCUUUUAUCAGUAUUUUAUGGUACUUUCAAGCAGGAAAAGAAACAGAGACAAGCCCUUCAGCGUUUCAGAUGUGCCGCGUGUAGCUCUACCGCAUCCCCAAGUUCCUUUUCCCUGCCGGCUCCCCGGGCCAGCGGGAACACAGCACACCAAAGAGACAGGAUUUCUGCAAGCCAAAGAUGUUUGUACCUUGCCAUUCUCCUCGCGGGUGCUUGGCUGGCGCUGGGGGCUGGCCAGCCCUCUCUGAGCUCCGCGCAGCGGGGCCGCCCCGGCGGCGGCACGGCCGCGGCCGCGCUCCGCCACAGACACUUGAGACUUUUUAUAUGUACUGCUUAAUCGAAACCAAAGAAACGUUUUCUGCACCUACUUCUUCUGCAACAAACUGUUCCAUUGAAAGAUAAAAUAGAAAAAUUUAAAAAAACCAA